AUGGUUGUCCAUAAACUCCCAAUAAAACACUUAAACGAUGACCAGCAAUUACAACAAAUGGUGACCCAACAGCCAACCAAUUUCCAUAGGUCGUCUAAGCCUGUACCCCUUGUUCGGCAAGCUCCAGUAUUUGAUUUGGAAGUGAUAACCAGUGAAAAUUUUGUCCCAUGGAAAAGUACGUUCAAUAUGCGCCAAGUGACACUUGCUAAUAUAAUUGAUGUAGCUAAUGGUAAUGAUAAAGCUACUACAAAAGCGGCAAAGAUGCGUGCAAAGAAUUUGGUAAAUGCUGCAAAAUCUUUAGACCUGUUGCGACAAAAUUUACAGAAUUCAAUUAAUAAAGAUAUUGAUAACGUUAUUAAAAAAUAUUUGACAUCAUAUUUUGGCUUGGCUAUUGACAAUGUUAAAAAUAAUUUGGGUUCAAAUUGUGUAACUGAAGAUCAUGUGAGAGAAGUAUGUAGAACAAUGUUAGAUGAGGCAAAGUUAAUGUAUUCAAAUCCACCGUUGUCUGGCAGUAAUUCCCCAUUUAAUACUGCACAAACUACAGACAUGUUAAUUGAAUCGCGAUUUGCAAAACAACAUUCCAAAAAUAGAUCUCUACUAAAACGCAAAGAGCCACCUGUUCAAGAGCCUGAAAAUAAUCUUUCUCCUACAAUUGAACAAACAUCAUCGCAGACACCGUUGGUAAAAUUUCAUAGAUUUCAGUCCACUUGGGACCCAGUGAAAAUUCAUUCUCAAACAUUGUUUGUGUUGGCUACAAGAGCUGCUAACAAGAGGGGAGGUCGUAUGGGCAAUAAACAUCCAGAACUUUUUCAAUAUACUAUUGAUAUGGAAGAUCGUGAUUGGCUAAUGAAGCAAAAAAUGUUUGUUUUACCACCACCUACAUCUGUAAAUGCAACUUCAAUACUGUUAUUGGACGAUGUGCAAUCAAUAUUGAGCACUGUGAAUCAGAAAAAUAAUCCUCAUGAACUUAAAGGUUUUGAAUUACCAGAGUUUAUAUUGAACAAAGUAAGAUCCACAAUGAUUCUCAAUAAACCUCCAGAAUUGCAGUCUCCUCAGCAAAUUAUUAUUACUGAAAAUGGUGAAAUUGAAGAGCAACCUGUGUGCAGUAUAACUUUGAAUGAAAAUACAAAUUCUUCAAUUACUCAAUCCCAUUCAGAAUCCAGCAGUAUCAUCAUCUCAGGAACAUCCACAACACUUGCUGAAGCGUUAAAUAUGCUCGAAUAUGGUGAAAGAUUACCACAACACAAUGAAAUUCCACAUUCAUCGCCAAACAAUAACACAGGAUUGGCAACCACACAUUCCACCCUUACCGCACUUUUAGCUGCUGAAAACAAUUUCAUGCCCAAUAACAGCCAAGCUAAUAAUACACAGUUUGGAAUGUAAUACUCGUUUUGUUAAAAAGAACGACAUUUGUAGACUUGUAACGUUUAUUCUAGUCAUCUUUAGUCUAGUCAUGUGUUUUUAACUAUUAAAUAUUUUCCCUAAAUUUAUAGUUAUAUAAUUAAUUAAUUGUAUCCUAAUAGACCAUAGUAUACAGAAUUGUGUGCAACUUUAUUAUAAUAUGACUAUUGUAUCUUAUGUAUUUAGACUUGUUGUCUUUAUUAUUAUUUAUGUUGUGAUCUUAAUUUAUUUUAUGAAAAAUAGUGUUUUAAUUAUAUUAUAAAAUUUAUUAUUAUUAACGACUUAUAUACUAUCAUAGGUAGUGUUAAAGAGUGACCAACAGAGUUGUGUAAAUUAAUACCAUUACAAAUGCAAAAUAUUAAAUAAUUAAGGAUCCCCCUUGUAUUAAAUAUAUUUAGCACAUGUUCAUAAUAAUUAUCUUUAUCAAUUAUCUAUUUCAAUAUAUUUCAUAUAGAGAAAAAACAAUUUGUCAAACAAUUUAAUAUGUACACAUAUAUUAUUUAAAGAAAUCAUAUUAUUCUUUGUUUGUUGACCCAUUUGUGUAGUAUAAGGAAACAAAUAAAUGAUUUGCACUGCAACAUUAAGAGUUAAGA